GUCUCUGAUUGGCUUAUGUACUUUCAAAUUGAGUGGCAAAUUUUUGGCGCUCUGCAGUAGUCGUUUGUGAGCGCGUCACAUAAUUUUGAAGUUUCGAGAUGGCUGGAGGAAAAGCAGGUAAAGAUUCCAAGGCAAAGGCUAAGGCAGUUUCUCGUUCAGCAAGGGCCGGACUUCAGGUAAGUUGUCGUUUUAAAGAGGGAGAGUGCUGCAAGUUUUUCACUGGAACCUCACGUGUGUUCUCAAUGCGCGUACCUCACACUCUUCGUUUUGCACAGUUCCCAGUGGGUCGUAUUCACAGACAUUUGAAGAACCGAACGACCAGUCAUGGACGUGUUGGAGCGACAGCCGCUGUUUAUAGCGCCGCUAUUCUGGAGUAUUUAACGGCUGAGGUGCUAGAGUUGGCUGGAAAUGCCUCUAAGGAUUUAAAAGUGAAACGUAUCACUCCUCGUCAUCUUCAACUUGCCAUUCGCGGAGACGAAGAACUCGACUCUCUAAUCAAAGCGACCAUCGCCGGUGGAGGUGUAAUUCCUCACAUCCACAAGAGUUUAAUUGGCAAGAAGGGUGCUAACAAACCAACAUAAGUUUAAUUUUUCAGUCUCUUUUUACUACAUAUUCUCUGUACAGUUUCAUUGGGACCAUAACAUUGCCUAUACACUUCAUUGAAAAGUAAAGCUCUGUCUACAGCUCAGCUGUUGAUCAUUAAAGGAUGUUACGCUUUCUUUGUAUUUAUAUGCUCAAUGUACAAUUGUGUAAUCGUGAUUUUGAAUAAAUCACUCUUCACUUUUUAACCAGUUGCACGCUUCAAGUUCAACCUGUAGUUUUUUUGUUUGAUUUGUAUUUUUUUUUCUGUGUGACUUAAAAUGUUGUUGAAGCUGGUUCUUAUACUAAGUAUGAGAUUUGUCAGUAUGAGUUGUAUUACCAGCCUCUUUCUACAAAUACUCCAGUCUUUUUACAUGAAUAAAGUUGAAUUUCUUGGAUUUUGA